AGAGAACGUAGUUGUGGGCGGAUCUGCCAGUAGUUGGGCUAAGCGAUCUCCGUCGGCGUUAGCCAGGCAGGCUAGCAAUGACGGAUUGGAUCGUAUCUACCGGGAUUCGGAUUGUAGGCCACCAGAUAUGAUUUUGUGGAGACCACCCUACAAGACCUGAGCUGAUUUGUCAGCCCUGUGUAGGUUUGGUUUUCACCCUUUACACGUCUUGUGGAUAUCAGCUGACCAUGGUGGUCUGAACGGAGGAAACUCAGGGAGACAGUGUGUAUUCGCUCUUAACACAACAAGGCUUGACCAAGAGAGGUGCAUAUAGACGGGCCACAAGGAGAGAAAAAGGAUAUUUAAACACAACAUGUCUCAAAAUAGAGAACUGGUGGUUUUCUACGUAACGUAUAAACUUUCCCAGAGAAACUAUCCUCUCAACCACAUUGUGCUCAAUGAGCCUCCCAACAGGACUGGUGCAGGGGAUGAUGGGUUAACUGAGGACCAGAGGACAGAGACACAUGCCAAUGGGACUUAUAAUGGGACAAGUCCUGGGACCCCACCGGUGUCACCGCUGCGGCCGCAACCGUCGACGACGGCAAGCCUGGAUGCGGUGAAAGAGGCUCUCCGAGAUACAGCUAAUGAGUUUGAGCUGCGAUACGCCCGUGCUUUCAGUGACCUGCACAGCCAGCUGCACAUCACGCCAGCCACUGCCUACCAAAGCUUCGAGAACGUGAUGGACGAGGUGUUCCGGGACGGCGUCAACUGGGGCCGCAUUGUGGGGCUUUUUGCGUUCGGUGGGGCGCUAUGUGUUGAGUGCGUGGAGAAGGAGAUGAGUCCCCUGGUGGGCAGGAUUGUGGAGUGGAUGACAGUCUACCUGGACAACCACAUUCAGCCCUGGAUCCAGAGCCAAGGAGGAUGGGAACGCUUCGCUGAAAUCUUCGGACAGGAUGCGGCAGCUGAAAUCAGGAGAUCUCAGGAGAGUUUCAAGAAGUGGCUGCUGGUGGGAAUGACCGUGGUGACCGGGGUCGUGGUGGGUUCGCUUUUUGCCCAGAAGCGCCUGUGAGAGAGCAGCCCUCCUUUUUUUUUUUUUUUUUUCUUUCUCAUCACUGUUUCCACAUGCCUCCUUCACUACUGUCGACAGUGAAAUAAAGGUCCUGUUCGUCUCCACCACGCUGCUGACAAUGUUUACUGUCCCCUCGUCACGCUUCCUGCAGCAGGCUGAGAAUCAUCACAUCUUGUUGGAACUUUUGAGAAAAGAGACUAUUAUUCUGUUAAUCUUAUUCCUUAUCCCAUCUUAUUGUUUUGUGUGGUUCUACACAAAAAAAAAAAAACACAAAUAUUAUUUUUAAGUCAUUGCUCCUCAUUUCUAUUUGUUUCUUCAUAAUUGCCCCAUGCAAUUAUUAAAGAACUUUUUUUUCUCAUUCCUGAAUGUUUGUAUGUUUUAGUUUUAACAAAUUUUUUCUUUUCUCUUUUUUGUUUCCUAAUCUCAAAACAGGUUCAAACUGAUUCUAGUCUUUAAAAUAAUCCCAUUCUGUCAGAUAAAGAAGUGUUGAAGCUUGUGUCGUUGCCCGUCUCCACGUACAGCUCUACAUCAAAUUUAGGUUUCAUACGGAAGCUGAAAGUAGGGGAAGAUGUAGCACCUGCCCCGAUCACCUUCUGAAGUUUCUAUACUCUGCCAGAUAUCCCGAUAAACACCAGAUCAUCAUCUAUCCCUCUACACACUGCUCUGUCCUUCAUACUCGCUGGUUUUGUAUGAAUGAGAUUUUAGUUAGUGAAAAAUUAAAAAUCAAUGAAGAAGCCUGCUUGGUUGUGUUUGUUGGUGUGUUUGAUUUUCGCAUCCUCAUUAAAAUCUAACUGCUCCCAUUCCUCCGUGCUCUGUGGCCAUCAAAUUGUUCUCGUAGAAUUUAGGUCUGCCCACCUAAAUUUCCACCUAACUUGCCACCCACUUGGCAGUUAGGGGCAGUUAGCCCAACUGCCAGGUGGGUGGCAACUUCUCAGAACCAGUAAAACCACGACUUGUGUAAGCAGUAGGACGCACCCUCCAUAUUCACCACACGAUAGCUGAAUAAAUGCAGCAUCUAUUGUAGCAACACAUCCAGGAGAGCCGCACUGUUCUCUCACACAGUAAUGUUGGUUUGAAUACGUGGAUGUGAAUCUGUCCUUUGGUAACACCUUUUUUGUAACACCUCUUCCCAUGUGUUAGGCUUAUUUGGAUUUUACUGGCUUUAACAAGAAAGGAACAUCACAUUGUAGUGUUUGUAAGCAGAUAUAGGGAUAUUUUUAAGUAUCAGAUGAUAAGUUUAGAAUUACACAUUGAACUGUGAAACAAGCUGGUUUACUAGAACUUUAAUACUUUUACUUUAAAUAGUGUGUUUACUUUUGCCCUCAGAAAUGGUCAUUCUUACCUAAAUAUCAACAUACUAGCUUAGUCCAAGGUUUGCGCAACAUCUCAUUGUCUGUCUGUAGACAGUUUGCUCAUUUGCAGUUAUGUACAGCAGCCAAAAAUUAUACUCAAGUAAAAGUACUGUUACUUUAGGAAAAUAUGACUGAAGUACAAGUAAGAAAUAGUCAUCCAAGUAAUUACUCAACUAAAAGUAAAAAAGUUCUUAUUGAAAAAACUAUUCAAGUACUGAGUACUUCCUGAAUAACGUCAAGAUGUCUUUUAAAUUAAAUAUUAAUAAAUUAAAUAUUAAAAAAA